AUGCGUAGCGUCCAGGAUAGCCACCCUCCAUCACGAGGGGAAGAAAAAGAAAAGAAAGGAAAGAAAAAUUACUCCGUACACGAAAGAACAGAGGAAUAUGAGUCAGCCACAGGUGAAAAGGCCAGAGAAGCGAGAGGCUGGGUUCGCAGUCUGAAAAAAGAAAAGAAGAGAGCAGCUAUGAUGGUGUUGGGGCCAAAAUGUCAUCAUCAUCGUGGUACUCUUCAAGAGGAAACAAGCACCCCAACUGUGUCACCCCGGCUGCAUGUGGCCGAUGGGGAUUCCUUCUGUUCAUGCAGUGAAGUUGUAGCCUAG